GUGCUUCUAGUGAUGGCUUGUGAAGAGAAGAAACUCUGGGGAGGAAGAUUCUGCAAGGCGACCAAUGAGGAGUUGGUGAAAUUGAACAAUUCCCUGGACGUGGAUCGUCGUCUCUUCGCUGAGGACAUCCAGGGAUCGUGUGCUUACGCCAAGGCUCUCUUUGACAGAGGAAUCUACACCAGGGAAGAAUUCGAGAAGACCAUCGAAGGCUUGCAGCAAGUGCUCGAGGAGUGGAAGUGCGGUGAGAUUGUCUUUCAGGACAGUGAUGAGGAUGUGCACACGGUAAAUGAGCGUCGUCUCACUGAGCUGAUCGGCGAUGUCGGUGGAAAGCUGCACACUGGGCGCAGCAGGAAUGAUCAGGUGGUGACGGAUAUGAGAUUGUGGCUGAAGAAGGCCAUCAAGGAUGUCACUUGUCUCAUCGUGAGUCUUCUUGAGGUCAUCCUUGAGCGAUCGCGCGAGAGGAUUGACGUUCUGAUGCCAGGAUAUACACAUCUCCAGCGAGCUCAAGCAGUUCGGUUCAGUCACUGGCUAAUGAGCCACGGUUUUGCCCUGCAGAAUGACUUUCAGCGCUUCCAGGACCUUCUCAAGAGAGUCGAUGCUUUGCCUUUGGGAAGCGGAGCGAUUGCCGGCAAUCCUUUUGGCGUCGAUCGACAAGGUCUGGCCAAAAACUUGUCCUUUUCAUCUGUAAUCCCCAACAGCAUGAUCGCCGUUGGAGAUCGCGAUUUUAUCAGCGAGUUCACAUUCGUCUCCUCAAUGUGUGGUGUUCACCUGAGUCGCCUGGCUGAGGACUUGAUCAUCUACAGCACUCGAGAGUUCGGUUUCAUCACCAUUUCGGAAGAAUUCUCCACUGGAAGUAGCUUAAUGCCUCAGAAGCGCAAUCCUGACAGUCUGGAAUUGAUUCGUGGAAUUUCUGGGCAAAUUUUCGGGAACCACGCAGGAUUUAUGAUGAGUCUCAAGGGACUUCCGUCGACUUACAACAAGGAUCUGCAGAGUGAUAAGAUUUCCAUGUUUUCCACAUUCGACAAUCUCUCGUUGGCACUUAAAGUCACCCAAGGAGUUGUUCAGACUCUGGAAGUGAAUGAGAAGAAGUGCAGAGAGGCGCUGAGUUACGAAACUUUGGCCACAGAUCUGGCUUACUACCUCGUCCGCAAGGGGAUUCCCUUCCGUGUGGCUCACCACGCUUCCGGGGAAGUUGUGGCCUUCGCUGAGAAUAACAACAUUUCACUCAGAGAUGUUCCCCUGGUCAAAUUGAAGGCCAUCAAUUCUGCCUUCGCAGAGGACGUGCUCAAGAUCUGGAACUUCGAGAAUAGCGUCGAGCAGUACUCUUCGCUUGGAGGAACCUCCAGAAAUUCCGUGAAGACCCAAAUAGCCACUCUUGCGGCCUUCAUAGCGGAGAACACGAAAAUCAACUGAGUUGCGAUUAAAAGAGCACAUCCCGAAGAUCUUGCAUGAAGGAGAGAAAUGUGAAAUGAAUGAUUUUGAAAGAUCGUCAGGCGUUAAGUAUAGUUAGGAAAUAAAAGAUAUAAAUUCCUGAUAAAAAAAUGACUUCCGAUGAAUGAUAAAAUGCAUCAAAUCCUAAUCCCAAUCCUCAAGUUUAUCUUACAGAAUUAGCCAAUUAUUUCAAUGGUCUCAUGCAAUACAAGUACCUAAGGUUUGCUGACUGUGUGAAUCUCGCUUCAAAUGUCUUAGAAUAAAACUAAAACGUUUUCUUCUGAUCAAAGACUCGUCUAAAAUGCUAUUAUCACUACGAACAAAUACAAUUCUUGCCGAUAUGUCUCGAAGUAUUUUUCAUUUCUCGUUUUUUCAAUAGUGAUGAAUUGCGUCGAGCCACCUUGCGACGUCUUUUGUGUCUGGGUGGCGGAACCACGCCUGAUUGUAAU